AUGUCUCUAGAAGACACUUCCAGCGUUUCUGGCAGCGGCGAGGAGGACAUGAACGGCGCCGGUCGCGACACCAUGAAUUCCCGCCACACAGCGCUUGACGACGCUGUUGUGGACGACGUGGACGUGGAUGCACACGGUGGCGACGGCGGGGAUGCGUUUGGGCGCGGGCCGCGCUUGGACCGACGAGGGGACAGCCCGAGUCGCCGCACCCCCAGUGACAAGCUCUUUGGCAUUGACUCUGAAGACAUAAUGCCACACGGCCACCCAAAGAAGAAACUGCCCGCAGGCGCGCGUCCCGUGUUCCCCUUCGAGCACGACGACGACCCGAGCGCCGGGUUCCAGCGCAGCAAACUGCCAGACCACUACCAGGACCGCCCCGAGCACUACACUACCACCGACGACGAGGACCGUGACCGCGGUGACGAGGGCGAUGAUGGCGGCGUGCUCGAUGCAGAGGCGCGGCGUGUUGAGCGGCGGCGGCGCGAACGGCGACGGUCGAGUUCCCGCGAGGCGAGCGCACUUGAUCAGCGUGGUCUGGAGGCGCAGCUGUCGCAGCCGUCGCCACGUGGCCGGCGCGCUGGGAAAAAGGGCCGCAGAGGACGCAAUCGCAUGCGAUCACGCAGCGGCGGCGGCAGUGCUCUCGAUGACGACGACGACGACGACGACGAUGGUGCUGUUGUUGCUGGUGCUGGCGACGUGCGGCUGUCUGGUGAGGAGACAACAUCAUCGGCAUCGUCGUCAUCAUCAUCAUCGGAUGAGGAUGAGGAGGAGGAUGCGGUGGCGCGCAAGCGGAGUUUCUUCUUCCGCGGGCGCAAGAAGACAAAGAAGCAGAAGGAGAAGGAGAAGGAGAAGGAGCGAAAGCGAAAAGAGAAGGAAGAACGUCGCAGCGCCAGCCGCAUGUCAAAGGCCACAACCAAAGCAAGCAAGCGCAGCGGCGCUGAUGAUGAUGACGACGACGACGAUGAUGAUGACGCUGAUGAACAUGCCCGCGGUAACCGUGUGCGAGCGGCAGCAGGCUACGAGCGCUAUGCUCUGCCUGAGGACAGCCCAGCGCCCCGCCGCAAGUCGCGCUUCCGCUCCCUCUCGCCACGCUUCGGCCGGCGUAAGGUGUCGCCGCAUUCGCGUGCGGGCGACGAUGAUGGCGACCACCACCACCGACGGCCGCGCAACGAACGCAACGAGGACCGCGACCGGCGCAGGGAGCAGCGCGGGCCCGAGCACUUGUGGGAGGACGAGCGCAUGCUGCCUCGUGGAGGGGGUGGCGGGCGGGCACGCGCACGCGCCCCAGGUGGCGGUGGACGCCGGCUUCGCGGGGUGUACGACGAUGGCCGUGACGAUGGCUACGACCCUGUCAUGGACGCUGCACGCUACCCGCCGCCACCACUGGACCGACGUGGUGGUGGCGGACGCGCAGGCCCCGUACCCGGCCGCCGUGAGCGCCUGCCACCACGCGACCGAGACCCCUACCGCCGCCCAGCGUCACUGUCGCCAUCACGCUUUCACCACCGCGCCAUGAUGCCAUAUGACGACGACGACGACCUGCUGCCGCCGCCGCCAAGCGCCCGCCACCAUCCCAUGCCGCGGGACGAUGCGCUCAUGAUGCGUCGCGUUGCUGCGGAAGAGGACGAGCUUAUGCGACGUCGGCGCGCUGCUGCCGGUGGUGGUGGUGGCGGCGAGCGCAUGCGACACCGUGAUGUGCACCGCCCACGCCACGCGGCGCCACCGCCGGGUGAGCCGCUCCCACCGCCAACACGCCGUCCCGCCGCCACGCGGGCCGGACAUGGAGGUGUGCGGUUUGGCGGUCCCGGUGGUCCCGGUGGUGGCGCCUAUCUCCACGACGACAGGCGACCCAUGCCAGGCCCGCCCCGUGACGCAUGGGCAGGCCGAUCAGCCGAGGGUUUGCGGGCCGGUGAAUAUCGGGUGCUGUACGCGUACCGUCCAACCGACCCCAAUCAGCUUGAGCUCGCCGUGGGUGACGUUGUUCGCGUCAAGGGCGAUCCGCAGGAGAACUGGCAGUACGGAUUCAACACCCGCAACCAGAGGAGUGGCUGGUUCCCCCGAACGUAUCUGGACUUUACCAACGACCAGGAGGCCGCCGAUCGCCUCAGGCGCAACAGGGAAAUGCCCAUGUCCCCUGGCCAUCAGAGCCAGCUGCCCCAUGUUCCCGCGCCAGACUACUGA